GGGCGCCUUUUCCGAGGUGGUCCUGGCGGAGGAGAAGGCGACGCGGAAGCUGGUGGCCAUCAAGUGCAUUGCCAAGAAGGCGCUGGAGGGGAAGGAGAGCAGCAUCGAGAAUGAGAUCGCCGUCCUCCACAAGAUCAAGCACCCCAACAUUGUGGCCUUGGAUGACAUCUACGAGAGCAGCACCCACCUCUACCUCAUCAUGCAGCUGGUUUCGGGGGGAGAGCUCUUCGAUCGCAUCGUGGAGAAGGGCUUCUACACCGAGCGGGACGCCAGCGCCCUGAUCCGGCAGAUCCUGGACGCCGUCAAGUACCUGCACCGCAUGGGCAGCGUCCACCGCGACCUGAAGCCCGAGAACCUGCUCUAUUACAGCCUGGACGAGGACUCCAAGAUCAUGAUCAGCGACUUCGGGCUCUCCAAAAUCGAGGGCUGUGGCAGCGUCAUGGCCACGGCCUGCGGCACC